GGUUGGCGGCGGCGCCAUGGAGGUGCUGACGUUCCCGCGCUACAGCCCCGCCGACAUCGUUACCUACCUCCGCGGCCACGUCCUGGCCGGCUCCGAAGCCCGCAGCCUGGCCAAGGGCGACCUGUUCCCCAGCCCGAAGCCUGAAGUCUUGCACAUGAUUUUCAUGAGAAUCCUGCAGAAGGUGUAUGGGAUCCGCCUGGAGCAUUUCUACAUGAUGCCCGUCAACAUUGACAUCAUGUAUCCCCAAAUAUUUGAAGGCUUUCUCCCUGUUUGUAACUUGUUUAUUCACAUGGAGCGCUUUCUCCCGGUGUGCCGUGUUAAUGACUUUCAGAUUGCUGAUGUUCUAAGUCCAAAAGCAAAGAGGACAGCUCGCUUCUUGAGUGGCAUUCUCAACUUUAUACAUUUCCGAGAAUCACGCCGUGGAGUCUACUUGGAUUUACAGGCGAACUAUAAAUCAGCUAUGGAGAAACUGCAACAGCUGGAGACAGCAAAUCAAGAGGCAGCGGUGAAGCUGGAGAAGCUGAACACUGUUCCUGUAGAACAGCAAGCAGAGUUCAGGCAGCUGUCUGAUGACAUUCAGGAAUUGCAGCAACUGCUAAACCACGACUAUCGUCGGAAAACGACAGCUUUGCAAGAAGUGAUCUCACAAAAAAAGUCAGAUAUUGCGGAGAGGACCCGAAAAUUGAAUGAGCUCAAAGUAACAAUGGCUGCCUUGAAAGAAGAACAAGAGCAGCUGAAAUCAAAAAUUGUAGAGAGUCCAGAGGAAUUGAAAAAUUACAAAGAGGUGAUGAAAGAAACUGUUAAGAAGCUCAAGAAAGCCAAGCAAGAGGUUAUAGAGAAAUAUGAAGGUUAUCGAGACCUAGUUGAGAUUUUGCCAUCGUGCCAAUUGGAGUUGCAGUUAUACCAAAAGAAAAUGGAAAGACAAGGAGCAAAUGUGGAGAGACUGGCCAGUGUAUUAUCAGAGGUCAGAAAUCUAGAGGACCAGUUUGAGAGUGCUCAGAUAGAGCUGAAAAAGGGGAAGACAGAUGAAAUGUCCUUAAAGAGACUGGUUACUGCAAAGCAGGAGAAGCUGUCUACAACUGAAAUAAGGAUAAAAAAGAAGCGUGAAGAUGUUGAGCAAUAUAAGCACACUAUAUUUGAAUAUUGCAACAGAGUUCAGGAGAAGAGGGGGGCUGUAUAUGAGAAAGUGACAGCAAUUCAUAAAGAGAUCCAACAGACCAGAUUCAAAAUCCAGCAGUUGAAUGAGAAUGCUGAAAAAGAAGAAAUGAAAGCCAAGGAGAUAUACCUUAAUUUGAAGGCUGGGUUGGAGAAACGUCAUGACUCUCUCAUAAAGACAGCAAAGAGUUAUGCAGCCUCAAGAGAAGAUAAAAUUGCUGAACUGAAGAAGGGACUACUUAGAGUCCAGACUCCUGGAAGUAGUUCUUAAACCUGCCUUCACUUAUUCUCCAUUUGGAUUAUGUUUAUGCUUGUAUCUGAACUUGCAAGCUUAUGCUUUGUGUAGGAUGGAUUACCUGAGGCAAAAAGCAACUUUCUCAGAACUAUGUCAGAAGACAUUUAGCUUUAUAGGCAGAUCCUAGUGUUGUCAGCUAGCUAAUGUGGGUAAGAAAAGAUUUGGUUCAACAAUUUUCUAUUGUUUUGGUGAGUAUCUGAUUUUUAGUCUUAAGAAUGCAAGUCUUGCUAUCAUCAAGUUGUGAUAGUGCCUUCCACUCAGAAGGAAUCCUUCCAUUUAGAAGGAAUCCUGCUUUUGCAGAAAUUGUUCUGCAAAUCUUGAUGACCUGAGGCUUUGAUCUGGCCUGAAUGGACCCACUGUUCAAAAUAAGUCCGUAAUAUAUUCUACUUUUAUUUCUUAAUUAUGAUUAAACCCUGAUGAAGCGGUAGUGUCUCCCGUGUAAACACUGGCUUAUUCUAUUGAUGAACAUUAGUGCCUAUGAAAACUUCCAAGAGUGUCAUUUAAGUUAACGAUGCAGUGUCUCUAGAAGCGUGAUCUCAUUGAUUCUGCCCUGUGUAGUAUUGAAUGCUGUGUCUGUUUAGGGCAAGUCUCCUUGGGACAUUAGUUUGCGAUGGUCCUUAAUAUUUACUACAGUGCUUUGGAAAUGUUUUUGAUUAUUUGAAUAAAUGUAAAAUGUUAACUUUUAAAAUAGUUGAUAUGAGGAUAUUUAACCCUACUUCUCUCUUAUGGUUUUCUCCCUCCCCUCUCUCCCAAAUGACUGUUCUUUACUUGGCAUAACAUUCUAACUGAAAAAUAAA